CUUAUAAAAUUAAGUAAAUAUAUAUUUGUCAGAUUUAAGAAAUAAAAUAAAAAUUAAAUGAUCCGAAAUCUUUUAAUUGAAUAAUCUUUAACAGAGUGUUCAACGAUAUACUUAAAGAUUUUAAGCGAAGAAAGCCAUCGGGAAGUAAAGGAACGGUUUUCAAUUGAGUUUCAGCGAGCUAGGCGUCGAGAACGUAGAUCAGGAAAACGCAAUUGCGUGACGCAUCGCGUUUUCACCCCUCGCUCUUUCUCUCUCUCUCUCUCUCUCUCUCUUUUUCCCUUACUCCUUCUCUAUCGCCUCUGCAGACACUUGUUUGGGUUUCAAACCCCACUUGUGGUGGAACCAUGGCCAAUCGAGUUCGCGUAGGCGGUGCGGCAUUUAUGAGGGCGGCCACGUUCACCAAUGGAGACACGGGUUUGCAUUGUUCGAUGAUCUGCGCGUGUAUGCUGCACUGGUUUUGUCUUCUAGUCGGAAUCGAGAUCUCUUUAGUUGUCACUCGACUACGACAGCGUGGACGUUACGUUAGUUCUUCGCGCACUCUUCAUCACGUAGUUGCUUCGACAGUGAUCGAAACAACCCUGAAAUAUCAAUAAUAUUCGAUAAUGUCUCUUCAAGUGCCUCUUCAAGAUACGAAUGCCAACAUACUGAUGCCUAUGGACUUGCAAAUGCAACUGCAAAAACAUCAGAUGCUCUUCACGCAGCAGCAAAUUCCUCUAAGUCACAGAACAGAUGAAAAGUCAUAUUCGAGCAGGUGGUCACGAUUACCGUUGCCGCCUGGAGUCACCGUGGAAUUACAAAAUCGCAAACUCUGGGAGCAAUUUCAUGCCGAGAGCACAGAAAUGAUCAUCACCAAGUCGGGACGGUGAGUACGCGUUAUUAUAUUAAUACGCAUUAUACAUAUAGUUUUCUGCAAAGCCAUUUUAUAUAAAAAUUGCUUGUUAUUUCUAAACGCGCGUUGUUGCUUCAAAUAUUCUUUAAAAAUAUUAUUAGACAUUAAAAAUAAGCGCUAUAGCCAUAAGAAGUGCCAUAGUGCUGUAGCAAUAAAAAAAAAAGAGGGAAUUCAAUAUUGAAUUCUCGAUAAACCAAUAAAAAAUACGAUAAAUCUUCGAUGUUGUAUAAUACUCUUUCUCUCUCAAUAAGCGAAGUAUAGAAAUUUCGUAUCUCGAUAACGCAGGUACAAAAUUUCGUCAAACGAUAACGAAUAAUCGUCAAUAAGGUCACAAUGCUUAAACUUUCGCCGUUACUAAUGUAAUCGUAAUUGUACGCGUUUUUACGCAAUCUAAUCCGUCUAAAUGGCGCCCGGCGCGACGGAAGAGAUACCGGCGGGCGCUUUCAAUUGAACAAGCAAGACGAGAUACUUCCCUUUGACGCGCGCUUCAACUUCGAGAUCUCUUUUCGUCUUGGCGCCUGUAAGAGGUG